AAGGAGCUGGUUCUUGAUAACUGCCGUUCGGACGAUGGGAAGAUCGUCGGCCUCUCUUCAGAUUUUGAGAACCUGGAGUUCCUCAGCAUGAUCAACAUCAACCUGCUGUCUGUCUCCAAUCUCCCUAAACUCAACAAACUCCGAAAGCUGGAGCUGAGUGAUAACAGGGUUUCUGGUGGCCUUGAAGUUCUAGCAGAGAGAACUCCUAACCUGACACACUUGAAUCUAAGCGGCAACAAGAUCAAAGACAUCAAUACCCUGGAGCCCUUGAAAAAGUUGCCAAACCUCCAUAGUCUCGACCUCUUCAACUGUGAGGUGACAAUGCUCAUCAACUACCGGGAGAGCGUGUUCACCCUCCUGCCCCAGCUCACCUACCUAGAUGGAUUUGAUGCUGAUGACCAGGAAGCCCCUGACUCAGACCCUGAAGCGGAUGGGGAUGGACUGGAAGAUGAAUAUGAGAAUGGGGAAGGUGAGGAUAGGCGUGAGCGCGUUGGCCCAGGGGCAUUUGGAAACCGUAAUGCUUACUUCCCUCUCCUUUUGGUAGAAGGUGAGGAAGAGGACGAUGAUGAUGAGGAAGAUGAUUUGGAUGAAGAGGUCAUCGAUGACGAAGAAGAUGAAGAUGAUGAUGUGGAAGGUGAAGAGGAGGAGGACGGAGUAGAUGAUGAGGAGGAAGAUGAGGAGGAAGAUGGUGAGGAGGAUGAAGAAGAUGAAGCUGAUGAUGACCUUCCGCGAGGGGAAAAGAGAAAACGAAAUCUAGAGGAUGAAGGAGAGGAAGAUCCAGAAGACGAAGAGGACGAUGAGGAUGACUGAUCCGAGCGAGCCAAUCAGUUUUACAGACUCUGACUGUGCUUGUCUUAACCUCCCCGUUGUGUCUAUGUGAGACUGUAAAUCCCCAUUUCCCACUCCUCCCCCCUUUGUAUGGCUGCAGCGUCCACAAUAUAUUUUUUUAAGAUGUAGAAUACCGUAGGCAUUCAGGGGAAUCUUCCAUACAAGGCUCACUUUCUCACAAGUAUCUCAUGACCAAAGGCUUUCUCCGUUCUGUGGUUUGUGCAGCAGUUUGCAAAAAA